AUGGUAAAAGGAAAGAGUAAAAAAGUAGUAACCUCAACGAUUCAAGAAGAAAAUGUCUCAAAAGAACCAUUGGCUCCAAUUGUCCCAAUUGUUCCUGACAUUUUAAGGAAUGAAGAAGAAUUGGUUUUUAUUGAAAUAGAGAAAAGAGAUAAAAAUGAAAUAGUUAAUGUUCCAAUAACACAAACAAAUCCAGUUGUUCAAACAAAUAACAAAACCAAUAAUAAAAAUAAUAUUAAUAAUAACAAUAAUAAUAAUAAUAACAAUAAUAAUAAUAAUAUUAAUAAUAAUAAUAAAAAUAAUAAAGUAAAGAAAACAACCACAACAACAAAAAAAAAUAACGAAAAAUCAAAUGAAAAACAAAAGAGUGUAAAAUUUGCAAAUAAAAUAAAUGAGUCUCGUUCAGCUCGUGCUGAUUUAACAUUUCCAGUUUCUCGUAUUGAAAAAAUGAUUAGAGAAGGAAGAUUUACCAAACGUUGUUCAUCAGAUGCUCCUGUAUUUUUAGCAGCUGUUUUAGAAUAUUUAACUUUGGAAAUAUUAGAACUUUCAAUUACAUAUGCAAAUCAAAAAAAUAAAACAAGAAUUACACCACAACAUAUUCAUUUAUCGAUUUGUUGUGAUGCAGAAUUGAAUGAUUUAUUAAAAAAUGUUACAAUUGCCAAUGGUGGUGUUCCAAAAUUUAUUCAUCCUAUUUUAUUGGACACACCUAAAAAAAAAGGUCAUCAACAAAAUAUGAAUGAAAAUGAUAUUUCAAAAGAAAAAGAUAUAAAAUCAAGUAAAAAUUAA